GUACGUCAGUAAUUGUGAUAAUUGUUCUAGUCACAGUUUAGUGUUUAUUUAUUAUUUGCUGUGAUACUAAUGGUUCAGUAUAAGGAUACUAUUGUCGAUAACGUACGAUUGAUAAUGGAUGGCGAAGAUGAAUUCUACACAAAUAGUUACUACUCGCGGACAAGUCAAAAAAGUAACAAUGGUAGCGCCGACAUGGGGGAUAUGUCAUUUAUGAUCGAUGACUACCUUAAAGAAAUCAUGAAGUCUAUGGACAUGAUGCGAGCUCACCAAAUGCUUACUGACGUAGUAUUAGAAGUAGGGAAAGACCUUUUUUAUGCCCAUAAAGUCGUUUUGGCCGCCGCUAGUCCCUAUUUUAAGGCUAUGUUUACCGGAGGACUCAAAGAAUGUGAUAUGGAUAGAGUUAAGUUACAAGGCGUUUCUGCCACUGCCUUAGCCAGACUCAUAAACUUUAUGUAUACGGGGAGAAUUAGAGUAACGGAAAACACAGUUUGUCAAUUACUGCCUGCUGCUACUAUGCUUCAGGUUCCUAAUGUGAUUCAAGCAUGCUGUAAUUUUUUAGAACGUCAAUUAGAUCCUAGUAAUGCUAUAGGUAUAGCUAGUUUUGCAGAACAACAUGGUUGUAUAGACUUAUGUAAAAAAGCCAAUCAGUAUAUAGAACAACAUUUUUGCCAGAUCAGUCAAGAAGAGGAAUUCUUACAACUGACGGCAAUGCAAAUAAUCACCUUAAUAAAAAAAGACGAACUGAACGUACAAGAUGAGAAGGAAGUAUAUAACGCCGUAUUGAAAUGGGUAAAGUACGACGAAGAAAAUAGAUAUAUGAAAAUGGAACCAAUUCUUAGCGCUGUUCGAUGUCAAUUUCUACCUCCAAAGUUUUUAAACGAUCAAAUGACCAAUUGUGAAGUGAUAAAGAAAACUCCAGCGUGCAAAGAGUACUUAGCUAGAAUAUUUAAGGAUUUAACGUUACACGUUCGAACUGGCGUCAAAGAAAGAUGUCCCAAUAUUCCUAGAGUAAUAUAUGUAGCCGGUGGAUAUCUCAGACAAUCAUUAGAUGUUGUAGAAGGUUAUAAUGUUGAUGAAAAGGUUUGGUAUAGGUUAGCCAGACUAACUGUUCCUAGAUCGGGAUUGGGAGGAGCUUUUAUAAAGGGUACAUUUUACGCAGUAGGAGGCAGGCACAACAGUCCUGGCAAUAGUUACGAUUCCGAUUGGGUUGAUAAAUAUAAUCCUGUUAAAGAUAACUGGAGACCAUGUUCACCUAUGACUUCACCUAGAAAUCGAGUAGGGGUGGCGGUAAUGGAUGGUCUUCUGUAUGCAGUGGGAGGAAGUGUUGGAAAUAAAUACCACAACAGCGUUGAGUGUUAUGAUCCAGAGACUGACAGGUGGACAGCGGUGAAACCCAUGCAUUAUAAAAGAUUGGCCGUUGGGGUAGCAGUAGUUAAUAGAUUACUCUACGCAAUCGGAGGCUUUGAUGGAGUCGAGAGACAUAAAAGCGUUGAAUGUUAUCAUCCCGAGAAUAAUGAGUGGAAUAUGGUGUCGCCUAUGAAUAUACCUAGGAGUGGUUCAGGUGUUGCCGCUAUAAAUCAGUUUGUUUUCGUCUUUGGAGGAUACGAUGGAGUAAAACAGCUUAAUUGUGUUGAACGUUACGAUACUGAACGGGAUAUUUGGGAAUUUAUGACGCCUAUGAGGGUAUCCAGAAGUGCGCUAAGCGUUACUGUAUUAGAUUGCAAAAUAUAUGCAAUGGGAGGUUUUGAUGGUCAUAACUUUCUCACCGACGUCGAGAUCUACGAUCCAGCACGAAAUUCAUGGGAAGUAGGCGAACCACUAACCUCUGGUCGGUCUGGUCAUGCUAGCGCAGUUUGUUACCAAACAUGUAUACCAGACCACUGUACGAUAUUAACUCAAACAGUGCCAGCGCAGUGUUCGGGUACUUCUUCAAAAGGAGGAUAACAGAGAACGGUGACCACAGGUUUGGAGAAAAACUAGAAGUUCUGCUUCCAGGCAGAGAAUAAUAAUACCGAUGCAAGCCGGAAGGAUGUAAGAAAGGAAGAAAGCCAUUUUUAUGCGAAAGUUUAGUUUUUGUAAAUGAUUAGCCAUUUACGUUGUUAAAAAAAAAUCUUAAAUUGUAAAAGGUUUAAAUAACGUCGUCAAUAUUUGAGAACUUAUGUUUUCUCAGCGUGCUCAGAUCAUAUUUUUUAAAAUGCCGUAAAUUCGAUCUACUGCUAGAAAAUUAUGUAGAACAAAGAGUUGAUUUUAUAAUUGAGUGAGAAGUGAACAAUCAUCGAUGAUUCCUGUAAAGCAGAACACUUUUGUUAGAUUGAACCAAAUUUCAAACUUUAACAUUCCCCAGUUCUGAGUCAAAACAAAGGAAGAAUGUUAUUUAGUUCAUACUGUCCUAUUUUUUGUAAUUUCUGUACUAAAGUUAAGUCAUUCGUCCGGCCCUGUAAAUUUAGUCAUUUACCGAACUCCUUUUCAUUUGCUUAUUCAAAUACAUAGUUAGCUUAGUAAAAAUUCAAAAAAUAUUUUAGAAUAAAUAGAGAAAUCAUACGAUUUCUACCUGACGAAAUCGAAUUCAAAUAUCAGCCACCGUGCUUCCUAAAACUUGCGAAGCAAACAGCUUGAUGAAUAAAUUGGCAAGGGAAUCUAAAAUUGCACUCCAAAUGCCGUUCAUCAUGGCCAAUAUUCGUAGUGAAUUCGAUUUCUGGUACUCCAAACGAAGUAAAGAAAUAAAACACAUCGAAUCAAAAUCUAAUACCGAAGUGUUCUCUUCCUUGUAUAGUACAAGUAACAAAUAUAGUAGAAUGGCCAGAUCUUGAUAGUUCUAUUUUAAGCUAUAGUGCGGCAGCUGGUUUUUUUCUGGUAAUUAAAUAUGUAAUUAAAAGUAUGUAAAAGCAGAACAUAUCAUAUAUGCUAAAAUUACUUUUGACCACUUUUUAUUUACAUUUAGCUUUACAGACUUUCCUUCUUACCGUAUGCUUACAUUAAUACUGAAUAGUUUCUUUAAUUACUCUUAUUAUUUUUAAAAUUGUUGGUAGUAAAAGAACUUUAUGGCAACAUAGUUACGUACCUAAAUCUAAAAUUAAAGUAAGCAUACAGUUCAAAAUUUUUAAAAUUCAGCAAAAAUGCAAGCAUGUUCCCGCUCUUUUUUAUUUAGUUCAUAAAUACAAAACCUAAUUUUUUUUUUAACGAGAGUCUUUUCAUUAUUACACUUGUAAUUGGUCUGAAUAUUAAUUGCACGACACAACAUUUAACAAGGCAUUACAACCCCCUCUGUGGCUCAGUGGUAAGAGCGCCUGCCUUUAAACCUAAAGGUCGUGAGUUCGAAUCCCACCUGGGUGGAAAUUUUCGUUUAUU